AUUACAAGUACUGUACUGACUGCUAAUCUCGGAGAAUUCCUGGUUGCUACUCUAUCCUAUCCUGCCGCAAUAAACGUCUUGUUGGGCCAAUUGCACCAGCUUCAUUGUUCAUAAACGAACUCUGAUCACUAUCGGGUAAUUGAACAACCGGUCUGGAACCGUCUCCUUGUGUAUCAGUCUCAGCGGAAAAGACUUGUUCAUUAUAUCUGAUGACCAUAUGAUCAUCGUGACUCCAUCGGCGUGUCCAUACACAAAGCCACGCUUGAACCACCUCGACCUCGAUCAGCUCUGAUACAAUACUCUCAAGAUCUUGGCAAACACCUCAUCAUCCUCUCACCAUUCAUAUUUUAAAGUCUCCUAUUACUAUCAUGUCCAAUAACCAAACAACACCGGGAGAAACAACCCCCCACCAAACAAUCCACAUGGACACCGACACAGCCUCGGACUCGGAGCCAAAUCUCCAACCAGGAGUCUCCCACGUCCACACCUACAUCUCAGUGGAUACGGACUCCGAAGACGGCGGUAUGCAACUCGAGCCGCCGGAUGGUGAAAUGCUUCGUUUCGCGGAAGAUGAUAGCGAUAUCGAAUUCGAUGAGAGGAUUAUGGGUGUUGCUAUGGAAGAAGAUCGAGAUGAAAACGACUUCACAACCCGCGCCAUAAACCCACACUCCUCAAUCCCAAACGCACACAACACCCCCUCCCAACCGGGAAACAGAGAUCAUCCUAGUCUAGGCUUUUAUGCGCAACGGGAACGUCCACGGCCCCGUCCUCGUCGUCUCCGGACACAGGGUCAUCUUACUGAAGAACAACAUGCCGCGUUGGCGGUUCUGUCGAAUUGGGAACUUCUCGUUACGCAUGCGCUGAAUUCACAUCGGACAAUCCCCCAAACCCGCCGCCGCUUCCAAGCAAAACUACUCUCCCCCAACAACACCACCCUGGAAAACGAGCUCUACGCCUCACGUUUCAUCGUGCCUGCCUCAAAAUCAGAACUUCUUCCACCGGCAAGCUCGGGCUCAGGACGUGCAUACGAAACUGCUUCCGGUGCGGAUAAUACCACUGCCUUUCUAGUGCCUGGUUCGUAUCGGGAGGUUGUGGAUGGUGAUGAGAGGUCUUGGUGGCCGCUUGGGAAACCGAGGGUUAAGAGGAAGAGUGAUAGGGGUGUUGUGGGAGUAUUGGGGAGGGGAAGAGAUGGGUCGGGCAGUGGUGGGAGUGGGGAGAGUUCGAGGGUUGUGAGUCGUGGGGGGAGUAGGGCUGGGUCUAGGGGGCCUGGUUAG